UUAUGAUUACGUAACAGGCAGCAUGCCUGCUCAUUAUCCAAUCGUUUCGGACAUUCCUUACAGGGCGAUGAACUUGUUGCCACUCUGUGUGAAGAUUUGCACUUCUUGGAAACAGUUCCUUAUCCGUCCCAAGUUGCAUAUCCAAACUUCUCACAAACAGGGUCGCACUAAAACCUAACAGACAGGGAGCGGGAGGAUUGGUAAAACCAACACGUCUCUCUGUCUUUCGUAACACUUUUCCCUCCUCGAGUACCUAACUUGUACUCCAUUAUAACUGAAACCCAGAAACUAAACGAGAUAGGCUACUAGCCUCACCAAAGCUAUCCAAAUACAACAUGAGUUGAUCGUUGAUCGUGUCAUCGCCUGACAUGAGGACUGAUCGACCUUGUAUUCUGGCUCUUUGCACGGAAAACGGGCCCGCCUUUUUCCUGUCACUGGACACCUUGCAGUAGAGGAUCGAGCCACCCUGUUGGUGUUUCUCCACAACGUCGGAGUUUCAUCACCCCGUGGAUGAAUCUCCAGCCCGUGGGUGUUUCUCCACGCCGUGGGCGCACUGGGACGUGUUUGAUCCGAGACGGGGACAAGACCAGACGUCUCCUGGAAGGCGCGGUGUCGUGGAUCUGAUUUGUGGUGCUGUCGACUAACGCUGUAACCGCCACCACCACCAGCACCACCAGCAUGGCAACCAUCGCCAUGGAUAGAAUCGGUCGGCUGUUCAUCAACCUCCAACAGCUCCGGCAAAUGCCCCUCCUGCUGACCCAAGCGGCCCCCUCCAUGCCGGCCAACCUCCGGGACACCGAGGUGCCCCGGUACUUCCGCGAGGCCCACGUCCACUCGGGCUACCGGCCCCUGGGCCAGUCCUGGAGCUACUACCUGCGGUCGCUCUUCCAGCGCCACAACGAGACGGUCAACACCUGGACCCACCUGCUGGGCUUCCUGGUCUUCCUGCUCACCCUGUGCCGCCUGGCCGAGACGGUGGACUUCGUGGGGGACCCCCACGCCUGGCCCCUGCUGGUGCUGGCCGUGUCGGCCAUGGGCUACAACGGCUGCAGUGCCGCGGCCCACCUCCUGGGCGGCAAGUCAGAGCUGUGCCACUACCUCUUCUUCUUCAUGGACUACAUCGGCGUGGCGCAGUACCAGUACGGCAGCGCCACGGUGCACUUCUACUACGCCCUAGAGGAGAGCUGGCACGCCCGCGUGGCCGGCGUCUUCAUGCCCGCCGCCGUGGUCCUCUCCUGCCUCUCCUGUCUGGGCUGCUGCUACGGCAAGUUCUGCAGCCACAGCCUGCCCACCUGGGUGAGGCGGGUGGGCCAGGUGACCCCCUCGGCGCUGGCCUACGCCUGGGACACGAGUCCCGUGUUCCAGCGGCUGUUGCGGUGGUCGGCGGACGACGACGAGGCGGCGCUGUGCUUCCACCUGGGCCAGGUGGUGUUCUUCCUGUCCAGCGCCUUCUUCUUCACGUACCCGCUGCCGCAGCGCUGGUUCCCGGGCCGCUGCGACAUCGUGGGGCAGAGCCACCAGAUCUUCCACGUGCUGCUCAACCUGUGCACCCUGAGCCAGAUCCGGGCGUCGCACCUGGACUACCUGGGCCGCAGGAGGCUGUACUCGCGUCUCCACGGCGAGGGCGAGGCGGGGCUCGUCGUGGGAUUGUACGUGGUCACCGUGGCGGCGUGCGUGUUGAUCGCGGCCGGUAUGGUCGUUAAAGUCAAGCGAGUGCUGGACGGCAAAGUGCAGAAAUGCAAGUGAGGGUAAGGAAUUAGUGUUGCAUGGUGAAUUCUGGACUGGCCUGGGGGUUUGACACAUGGUAUGACCCACGGUUGAGACUUACCAAAAACUGCAAAAAAGUGUUUUGUUCAUUCAUUUUCUGAGAUGACAAAUAAGUAUUGUAUAAGUUUAACACUGAUAUUUGUAUAUGAUGAUAUACUUGAUCAGCCUAAAUAAUUUCUUGCACAUUUACGGGAUUAUAGCAAGGCCAUAAAUGGAAAUAUCUUGUAUUAGUUUGUAUUAAAUACAAAUAUAAGAAUAUGUUACUAUAUAAACCCUUUAUAUCAGAAGCCUGGCAUUUUAUCAAAGUUACAGUUAAGUGCCAGUAUUGUAUUUUUAGAGAGAGAGGAUAAUUCUCCCAUGUAUUAUAGAAAAAGGGACAGCAGAUUUGCCCCCUGUAGGCCGGUCAGUACACUGAAUAAAGAUCUGCUAUUUUGGGUUUGGUAAAACAGAGCUGGAGGGUAGAAUAUUAUAAGAAAUGUGGUUUAUGCAUCAUAUUGAAGUGCAAUGAGUGCCAAUAUAACUAAGUCCGAGCAAGGAUAUGAAACUUUGUGGACUUUUGAAAUGUUGACCUUUUGAUUGUCAGGCAACCACAAAGAAUAUAUUUAGAAAGAAUAUAGUAUAGCUGCUGUAUCUCAAUUUAUAUCAAAUUGGAUCAAUGCUGUGUUUUAAUAGAGCCCUCCCAACCAUGCACUAAUCAGGCUGAGAUCACUGUAUCAAGUGUAACCUUGGAAAAGGAAGCUCCUAAGCUUUUGAUAAAUGCUGGCUUGUUUUUGGACCGCGUUUAUGAUGACCUUUGGGUUACGAUAGGAAAGUCUAGACUGUGUUACUAUGCAUAUCUGAGGCAUGAUAUUUUUUGCUAUCGCUAAAGAGGUACUUUGCGUUAACUACAGUAAAUAAGAAUAAUUAAGGUUUUCACUUAACUUACUUUUGGCAUUAUUCAUAGACUUUUUUUUUUUUUUGUUAUUUCUCUUGGUAUUCCACCUGUUUUCUAAUGGUUAGGCUUGAGACUGUUUGCAAUAGCAUUUUUCUGGUCCGUCGAAUGCUCAACCGCUUUAACCGAACAUACAAAAGACUGAUUUUGUCAAAGGGUUUGGAUUUUUUUUUUAUGUUGAACCGUGCAGUGUAUAGAAAAAUUAAUGAUUGUUGGUGAUUUCAUUUUCUUUCUAAGUAAUUGUGUGCAGAUGGAACGGGUGUGUGGAGAGGCGGGGCAGUUUAAUUAGUGUUGUUGUCGCCAGGUCUGGCUUAUUUAUCUUCAUCUCCGGCUCCCUUCCCUGUGUUCUGAGCCAGGCUCUGACGCAAGCGUAGACCACCUCUGAUUGGCUCCGGCUCAGAGGUCUCCAUGGUGAGCUCAAUUAAACAGAGGUUGUGCACAGAGGGAUUUAAUAAAGGUGUAAAGAAAAAGAUGCUGUGUGCGCAUUUGUACAUACAAGCCAACGCAUUUGUGCACUGUGUACGUUUGUCCGUUUGGGGAUCUCACAAUUCUCAAACACAAAAUGUUAACAUGUUUACAAAAUUAAGGCAAGGACAGUAGUAAUCAAUUUGGAAGGGUUUGAAAUGUGAAUGUGAAGUCUGUAUGUUUAGGGACCAAUACAAUCAUUAUCAUAUAAUACAAAUAUUAGAAAAUAAAUAUACUACUGUUGAACAUGAUAUGGUGCCUUCUCUUCUGUUGCACAUUGAUGGUCUAUUAUGCGUCAUGUUUCUCUGGUGGGAUGCAACAGCACUCUGCUUACAUCGACAGAUGACUGACCUUCUAAACUGGACGCUAUAGUGUUUUCUCAGGCAGGUGCAGUAAAGGCGUCAUUAAAGUGCCAUGGUCCCCAUGAUAUUACUUUAUCAGGGCCCCCCCUCACCAAUGAAGCACCAUCACGACUCAACUAUUUCCCUUCCAACCCGCACAAACAUCAGCCCUGCUUAAUUUGCAUCCAAUAAUGCAUCAACCGUCACCAUGACUGCAUUCUGAUUUUAUUACUGUUGAGACAUCAAAUACAAGUCAUAUCCCCAUCAAGCUCAAAGUGAAGCGUACGUACAUACAAGAUAAGGAAAUGGCAAUGCGUCACAAAAGGUACGGGCCAGUUCAUUGAAGGGUCACAUCCAUCUGGCCCACACAUAAUGCACGCAUAUGCACGCUUGCAAACACAAACACACACUAACCGAUUAAAGCAAUUCCCUUAGCCUCGUCAGUUAAAACGUCAACGUUUAAAUGGCCACAAUAAAAGGGAACAUCCAAGUCCAUAAAAAAGCUCAUAAAACACCUUACAAU